AUGGUCCUCCACAUGCAGCAAGCACCAACCCAGCAGUAUCGAUCUCGUGUCGGGUCAUGGUCAACAGGAACCAUGGGAAGAAGGGGCAUCAGGUCCUCAAUACCAAAAUUCUUAGAUGGGUGGUUCUCUAACCCAAGCCAGUCAGGAAGCAGGUCCAGCAGCCUUGGGUCUACACCACACGAAGAGCUGGAGAGACUCGCAGGUCUGGAACAAGCCAUCCUCUCUCCUGGACAAAACUCGGGGAAUUAUUUUGCUCCUAUACCAUUGGAAGAUCAUGCUGAAAAUAAAGUGGACAUUUUAGAAAUGCUACAAAAAGCCAAAGUGGAUUUAAAGCCUCUUCUUUCCAGCCUUUCUGCAAAUAAGGAAAAACAGAGUUCCCACUCGGGGGUUGUACUGUCAGUGGAAGAGGUAGAAGCAGGGCUCAAGGGCUUGAGAGUGGACCAGCGAGUGAAGCAUGCGGCUCCCUUCAUGGCAGAGCACCUAGAGGAGACGCCGAACGCCGUCACCAGCAGUCGACACGUCAAGAAAGAUGGAGACAUGACUGCCUUCAACAAGCUCGUGAGCACCAUGAAGGCCAGCGGGACGUUGCCUUCUCAGCCCGAAGUCGGCCGAAACCUUGAAAGUCAUUUGUUGACACCAACUGAGAUUCCAAGCCAGCCUGUCCCUAAGAACAUCCUGCAGGAACUUUUGGGUCAACCAGUUCAGAGACCUGCUUCUUCCAGUCUUCUGAGUGGCCUCAUGGGGAGCUUGGAGCCUACUGCAUCCUUACUGGGCCAGAGAGCACCCUCUCCUCUCAUGUCACAGGUGUUUCAAACUCGAGCGUCCUCCGCAGACUACCUUCGUCCAAGGAUACCGUCACCCCUCGGUUUCGCACCAGGACCCCCGCAGCUGCUUGGAGAUCCAUUCCAAGGCAUGCGCAAGCCCAUGAGCCCCAUCACAGCCCAGAUGAGCCAGCUAGAGUUGCAGCAGGCAGCUUUGGAGGGCCUGGCCCUGCCACAUGACCUAGCAGGACCGGCAACAAACUUCUACCAGCCUGGUUUUGCCAAACCACAAAUCGACAGAACCAGAGAUGGAUUCAGAAACAGGCAGCAGAGAGUGUCGAAAUCACCAGUGCCGGUGCACCGGGGAAGUUCCUCGUCCCCUGCUCCUGCUGCUUCCAUCACAAGCAUGCUCUCUCCCUCCUUCACCCCUACCUCAGUGAUCCGGAAGAUGUACGAGAGCAGGGAGAGAAGCAAGGAGGAGCCCGCGCUGGGGAAGAUGGUUCCCAGUGACAGUAAGGAGGACGAUUGGAAGGCCGGCGACACGCUCACUCAGCCCGAGAACCUGCUGUCCUCUAACUGCAUAUCCAAUACUGAUCGAGACUCUUCGCCUACAACGAAUCCCAAAGUUUCAGCAUCACAGCGGUCUUCAUGCGCCACACCGACCAGCCGCUACACCAAAGAACAAGACUAUCGACCGAAAACAGCUGGGAGGAAAACACCCACCUUGGCAUCUCCAGUGCCAGGGACACCUUUUCUGCGCCCUGCUCAUCAAGUUCCCAUCGUUCCCCAUGUUCCUAUUGUCAGGCCCACUCACCAGCUUCACCCAGGGUUGGUCCAGAGGAUGCUAGCCCAGGGAGUACAUCCACAGCAUCUUCCAAGUCUGCUCCAAGCUGGUGUGCUUCCUCCAGGGAUGGACUUGACUCACUUACAGGGCGUACCUGGGCCAAUCCUAGGUCAGCCCUUUUUCCCUUUACCUGCUGCUAACCAUCCCCUCCUCAGCCCGCGUCCUGGGACACCUCUGCAUCUGGCAAUGAUGCAGCAGCAACUGCAGCGCUCAGUUUUGCAUCCUCCUGGUUCUGGUUCCCAGACUGCGGCCAUCAGCCCGCAGACCCCUCAGCACAUGCCCAGCCCGGCAGGCCUGCCCCACGUGCACUCCCAGAUGGAGCAUCGUCCCAGCCAGAGGAGCAGCUCCCCCGUGGGUCUUGCCAAAUGGUUUGGCUCAGAUGUACUCCAGCAGCCCCUGCCCUCCAUUCCUACCAAAGUCAUCAGCGUCGAUGAACUGGAGUAUCGACAAUGAACAGGGCAGGCAGGACCCAUGAGGGUGGGACUCAGGACUCU